UUUAUUUACUUAAAAUCGGCGUGUGGCCUCCACUCUGUUUCAUGCUAGAGCUGGUAUGUUACACUUGUUUUUUUCUCCAAGAAGUUAACCUACUGUAUAGGUUCUGUUGCAUUCUAAGCUUGUGCGUUACUGGAAGGCAGAGCAAAUGGAGGUGUGGCUUGAGUCAGUCCAGCAUGCUGCAUCAUCUGAAACACCACCAAGCCAUUCUGGCCUUAACUAUUAUAGUGUUUGGGAGUCUCUGGAUUUUCAAAUCAGAAAUUAGGUACAGUAUGACAUAUGACUAUCAAACUGUAAAGAAUUAUCAAAAUAAAGAAAGAAUGAAAACGUUGCUUUUGUGGCUUUAUCAUGAUGUUAGUAAUGGGUUAUACUGGCAUACAAGGCCUUACAUGCAGAAAUAUGAAACACUGGGCUAAAACUCAAGCACAAUAUAUACCGGUGUGUGUCUUUUUAAACAGUGGAGAAUGUUGUGUUAUCGGAUAGAAGGAUAUAUUUGCUGGCCCACAGCAUCUCCUGCAUAUACAAUUGUAGAUUUUCUAGCUCAUUUCUUGCUUGUGUUUACAUUAACAGCUGUUUUUAUUUGCAGUUUACAGACUAAAAGACAUUAUAUAACAUCAUGUAAACAUCAGGUGUAUGCGUACAGUAAAUAUCUAUGAACCUUCUGUACAUUUCUCUUGGUUCAGUAAGAUGAUUUUCCAUCCUGAAAAUGCACAUUGUUCAGAGGCUCACAUGUUUCAAAAGAUUGCACUUGAUGAGUUGAUAUAUCCAAUAGGACAAUCAGAGGUCCCACAGCCACAGACUUUAGUGCAGAGAAGAACUGAUGUUCUGACGGUCUCCCCGUGGUUAGCACCCAUCGUUUGGCAAGAAACUUUUGAUCCAAAAGUAAUUGACAGCAUAUACCAGCCUUUGAAUAUUACAGUGGCAACAACGGUCUUUGCAGUCGGAAAAUAUAUUCAACUUUUGAAGCAAUUUCUAGAAAGUGCUGAGAAGCAUUACAUGCUUGGGUACAGAGUCCAUUACUAUGUCUUCACUGAUCAAAUGGACAAGGUUCCUCAGGUGGCCCUGGCGUCUGGACGGUCCCUCACGGUGCUUCCUGUCCCGAGCUUUAGCCGCUGGCAGGAGAUCUCUUUGAGGAGGAUGGAGUUCAUUCGCAAGGCCAUAGAGGACCACAUCCGCCACGAGGCCCACUUCAUCUUCUGCACCGAUGUGGACAUGGUGUUUGAAAGCCGCUUUGGCGCCGAGGCGUUUGGUGAACUGGUGGCAGCCAUACACCCCUGGUGGUACCUCACUGGGCGUAAUGAGCUCCCAUACGAGCGCAGGACGGCAUCUCAGGCACAUGUUCCAAAAGGACAAGGUGAUUUCUACUACGGUGGAGCUCUUUAUGGAGGCCACGUAGACGUGGUGCACAGACUGACCAGCACAUGCGAGGAGCAACUGAGCAUAGACAAGCAGAAUUCCAUUGAAGCCGCGUGGCAGGAAGAGAGCCAUCUUAACCGCUACUUUAUACUGCACAAACCCACUAAGCUGCUCUCUCCCGAGUACCUAUGGGACAAAGCUAAGGGGCCAGAGAAGUGGCUCAGAGUAGUUCGAUUUGCCACAGUGCUUAAAAACAAUCGAAACUUGCGUCCCAAUGUGUGAUUCUGAUGAAAGGCUGUUGAAAUUGUUGCUCAACAUGUCGAAUUACCCUCCCGAGCAAGGUGAUUAUCGGCUGUAAUUGUACAGUAUAUCUUUCACUGGAUUACUUUGUGGACUGUACCUUCGAACUUCAAACUUGUUUCAAACUUCAAGCAAAAAUAUACAAAUGACCACUGCUGGAAAUGACUAGAAAAGUGAAUCUAGGCCCACUUUUAGAAUCUCAUAACUGAAUCUCUGGCCAUACAUCCAUGCCUCUGUUGUGGUCUGUGUUUCUCUCAAAUUAAUGAAUAUUCCAUUCUUUUUAUACCAUAAAACAGGAUUCUGAGUGAAACUAUUACUUUUUGUUUUUUUCUGGGUUUUGGUUUUGGACUGUAAGCUAAAUAUUUGUUUCUAAACAUAAUUUAAAGAGGACAUAGAAUGGAUGAAUCGAGUAUUGUACUGUGCUCUCUGUAUAUACAUUUUUUGUCGACCCAGGGGCCAAAUCUGAGCUGCUAAGAUUCUAAAUCAGAUCCCCUUUGUGAGUUUCUCUUCCAUUUAUCAUAAAAUGAUCAACUGAUGAAAUGAAGAUACGCACUUAACUGCUUAACUGCAGAGAAACAAACGAAGAGUUUGAUUCCAAAACGCUAUCCAUUUUUAAAAACAUCAAAAAGUCAUGUUAUUUAAUUGUGUAUUUCAGGUAAUAUCAAUAAAAAUGCAGUUGUUUUGUUUUGAUUGAGUAAAGAUAAAUCAACUAAACAUAAACCAAUACAGUUCCACUGUAAUUACUUGCAAACAUUUUUUUUUUAAAAAUAUUUAUGAAAAUUCAUUAAAAUGGUGGAUAUAGCGUUUUGGAACCAAACUCUUAACAUUCUGUUUGAGGUAAGCUUGUUGGCAGAAUAGGCCUAGUAGUAGGACAUUUUUAAGAUGGGAGAGUAACCAAAGAAUGUGAUGGUUUGAUGCCUGUACAUAUUGCAAUAAAGCACUGUAUG